AAAUGUCACGUGUUGUUAUGCACAGCACAUAGUCGUCACGUGUCAUGUCACGUGUAGGUAUUGACAUUGGAACCACCUCUAUAAAAUGCUGCUUCCUCUCCAACCCCUCUUCUUCUCCCUCUACAAUCUUACACACCAAACAAGUCCACACUGCUGAUAUAAUCUCCAGUGACAACAAACACGAGCAAUGUGCGCAGCGCAUUCUGAGUGCAGUACGCACUGCGCUUGUUGCACUUGCUGAAAAGAGCGGUGCGCUCAUUCUAAACGUAAACACAGUGUCAGUGUGCUGCCAAAUGCACGGUGUCAUGUUGUGGAAUGAUGAGCACGACACAACUACCCUGGUCACGUGGCAGGACCACCGAUGUUCUGACGACUUUCUCAGAGAGAUCAGGAGCUAUUCUGAGUUUAGUGAUGAUCUGCACGCGGGGUAUGGUAGCGCUACUCUAGCUUGGCUUGCACGGAACACACCCUCCGAACUGAAGAAGUAUAAACACUGUGGGACUGUAGCAGAUUACUUAGUGUUCGUGCUGUGUGGUUUAAGGGAGGGUGUUAUCAGCGAUCAUAAUGCUCAGAGUUGGGGGUUAUUUAAUGACAAAACAAGAAACUGGGACAACAGAGCUUUAAAUACAGCCGGGGUUACAAUAAACUUACCCAAAAUAGUGAACAAUGGAAACAUAAUAGGUUGUGUUGUCAACGAAAAGUUCAGCAUCCAAAAAGGAGCCCAAGUUUUCAUUCCCGUUGGUGACCUACAAGCUUCAGCGUAUUCAGUACUAGGAGCGAGUUCAGGGCGAGUUUUCAACUACGGUACAGCUUCUCAAAUAGUUCACACUACAAAAUGUGAUGAUUUUGGGGAUCUACCAGUCUCGGUUCGUCGUACAUUGUACACGGAUAAAUAUAACUUGGUAACUGCUGCGUCACUUAACGGAGGGAACUCAAUGGAGAUAGUUUUUAAACUGUUCUCCUCACUAACCGCUGAUCUUCAUUACGACACUGUUAUGGAGUUAGCCUACGAGAAAAGAAACACAGAUUUAAGGGUUUGUCCCGUCUUUUUUGGGGAACGUCACGAUACGGGCACAUUUGGUAGUUUUUCAAAUGUGACUUCAGAUAAUUUUACAGUUGGAGACAUUAGUGCUGCUGUUUUACGAGGAGUUGUAGAGAAUUUGUGUGAAAUGAUGGGUGGUGUCCAGACUAACUUUGAUACUUUGUAUGCUGUUGGAAUAGCGGAGAGGCCGAUCUUGCAGCAUUAUUUGAGAGAAGUUAUGGGGGAUUUUGUGCUCUUUGAUAAAGAUGUUACUGCGGCUUAUGGUGCUAUUCUAUUUGAUUUAGAUAAUAUGAAGUGAA